GCGGUCCCUCAGUCGUCAGUGACGGGCGCUGGAUCCGCUCAGCAGCAGCAGCAGUCGCCUUUUGACUCGCUCGGAGCAGCAAACAACAACAACAACACAACCACCACGACCACCACCACCGCUGUUACCUCCACACGGACACACACAGGGAGAGAGAGAGAGAGACAGGGGCCGGUGUUGGGCAGCCACAGCAGCGAUAUGGACGGCGACAACAAGAGCACUAGCGCCGUGGCACAGGAGACGGCCCGCCUGGAGGAGCAGCUGCAAGGCUGGGGGGAGGCUCUGCUGGCUACAGACCGUGUACUUCGCUGGGAGAAACCAUACUACCCAGCUCUCGUCGUUUCUGCAACCACUUUAAUCUUCCUAGUGAUUUACUGGCUGGACCCAUCUGUGCUUACGGGCCUCUCAAUCGUGGUGAUGUUGGUCUGCCUGGCAGAUUACCUUAUUCCAACCCUCACUGCUAAGUUCCUCAGUUCAAAGCAAUGGACUACGGAGCAGCAGCAGCGCUUUCAUGAGAUCUGCAGCAGUCUGGUGAAGGCCCGCUUGUCUGUAGCUCACUGGGGACACCAACUGUUGGCACUUAAAGAGGAGAAGCCAAAAGUGUACUUCAUCUCCGUGACUACUGUCCUUGCUCUGGCUGCUUGGAUUGGUCAGCAAGUUCAUAACCUUCUUCUUACUUUCCUGAUUGUGACUUUUCUGCUGCUCUUUCCUGGACUCACCCAACAAGGGAUAAUCUGCAGUUAUGUGGGCAUGGCAAAACGAGAGAUCAACAAGCUCCUUAAACGCAAGGAGAAGAAAGCAGAAUGAAAAGCCUUUCUCAUUGCUGCACCGUUCUGGUAUAAUUAACAUAGAGUGGACCAGUCGACUUGCUCCAAGUUAGCCUGCAAAAUGUAGUUGUACGCUAUAGCAGAACAUUAAUGUGUUAGGAUUUUGUAUUUACUGGUGUGAACAUGUGUAAUCUAUUUUGAGGUUUGAUGCAAAUGCACUGUGCAUCAAUAUUGCAUGAUGGGUUUUCUGCCUAAAGGUUGUUUAAAGAAGUGGCAUUUUAAUAAGCUCUCAUGACUGAAUUAUAAUUAGUAGUAGUUGUGUCUGCAUAUUUCCGAAACGUCUUCAGAAAACAUUUCAAGGGCGCUUCAACAGUGGGACUAUGUUAUCUUUGCUCUGUAAAUGUAGAAACGUUCAGAUGUUCUACAAAAAACUAUAUUAUGCAUGGGGUGAAUUCUCAACCACAUACUUUGGUGUCACACUGGAGAUUCUUGCACUAAACGAUCGGUGUUAACGUUUUACUCUUUGCCAUUCUUAUUAUUCCCACAAGUAUUUACCAAUGUAUUUUUUAAUUUGGUUGGUCCUUUUUGCAUAUGUGCUUUUCUAGAAGAGAAUCUUCAUUUUAAGUAGAAAAUUUGCUUUCAAACCUUUAAAUACACUGAACUAAGCAGCCGCAGAUACAGUAAAACCGCGAUGUAAUUGUGGCGUGAGAAAACAAAUAUAUAACGUAAAUGGAUGGAAGAAAAAUACAAAUAAAGAUUGGUUUGCAAAUGGUGUGUCACCGUAAAGUCCCAAAUGUUAAGCGGCGAAUCCAAAACCCACAUCCCCUCCAUUGGUCACGGGGUAGUUGGCAAACGGCCAUCAUCCCUUUCAGCUCCCUCAGUCGCACAUGUGCAAUUGGGCACACAGAUGCAUGCAUUUUCCAUUAUCACGUGGAUAGCCGAAAACGAAGGUGUGGUAUGUAUUCCAAUGCCUAUGAAAUAUCCAGCCUUUACUGGAUUGAAUUAUUGAACCCACAAAAAAUGCAUUAACUGGAAUACUAGAUCAGAGUACUGAAACAUUGUGGGAUGACAGAACUAUUGUGGUUUUUGAGUCCAGAAUUAGUCAUCUAAAUGGCAACUGAAGAUGCAAAUUGAAAUGUGGUUUAAUGAGUAUGCAGCUCGAAGAAAAUAAGCAAUUACCAACCAUAAUAAUGGAAGCUUUUUUCUUAUUAACUUAAGAUUUUGUUCCAGUAACUUAUUGGCAGUGUUUUUCAGUCGAGGGGAUCCCUGCAAAGUCUCCUUUGAAUGAACAUUAAAAUGCAAAUUUUAUAAGCCACAAGUUGAACUAACCGCACCGGCAUACAAAACUUAACUUCAUUUAUAAAUUUGAAUAUUAAUAUAUGCACAAUGUCAAUGCAUCUUGGCACAGUAUCACGAGGAUGGAGAAUAAUUUAUUUGCUGGUUCUGUUAAGUGAAAUUGCCUGUAAGUGCACAAUUGUACAUGAGGGAAGUUUGAAAAAAAGGCACCAUGUGUAUUAAAUUUAUGCUUAAAGAA